CUGUGGAGUUUAAGGAAGCUAUGGAGCUCAUCAGAGUAUAACACUGAAGAAUGUGAUGGCUGAAAACCAUUUGAAAAUGCUGACAAUUCAGCAGUGUGAAGGAGCCAACAGACUCCCUAGAAACAGGCCCUAUAUUUGCAAUAUUUGCUUCAAGCACUUUGAAACACCGUCAAAAUUAGCUAGACAUUACCUUAUUCAUACUGGUCAAAGGCCAUUUGAAUGUGAAGUGUGUCAUAAAACUUUUAGGCAAUUAGUUCAUCUGGAGAGACACCAAUUAACUCAUAAUCUGCCUUAUAAAUGUAAUAUUUGUCAACGCCAUUUUAAAAAUCUGAAAACAUUUGUGAAGCACCAACAGCUUCAUAAUGAAACCUACCAGAAUGAUGUUAAACAGGUCAGAAGACUGAUGGAAGGCAAGCAAGAAAAGGCAGUUUUGGGAGUUUAUCGACCUUUUACCUCAGAGGAGAAAUGGGCGUUACACACGUGCUCUAAGCCUGACCCCACAUAUAACCCUGCAAAGAGAAGAAAGAAUAGUCACGCAUGUGCAAUCUGUGGCAAGAUGUUUCCAUCACAAUCAAAACUCGAUAGGCAUGCACUUAUUCACACUGGUCAGAGACCUUUUAAAUGUGUCCUGUGUGGUAAAUCUUUCCGACAGUCAACUCAUUUAAAGAUCCACCAACUCACACAUUCAGAAGAAAGGCCAUUUCAAUGUUGUUUCUGUCAAAAAGGAUUUAAGAUUCAAAGCAAACUUCUGAAGCAUAAACAAACCCAUACCAGGAAUAGGACCUUUCAGGCUCUUUCGUUAAAGAGUCCAGAAUCAUGCCCCCUGCCUGAUAAAUUAAGUACAAAGCAGGAAGGUGUUAAAAAUGGUGCUCAGGGUGGAUCUGAGGAGAAUAAUCCAUUUGAUACCCAUUCUAUUUAUAUAGUCCCUUUUCAGUGUCCAGAGUGUGAAGAGUGUUUUGAAUCAGAGCAGAUUCUGAAUGGACACAAGUGUUUUCCUGCCAUAGAUGGCAAAACUUCAAGCAGGCUCAAAAGAAGCUACAACUAUAAAACCGUUGUUAAAAAACUCUUGGCCAAGCUUAAACGUGCUGGGGGUAAGAAAUUAGAUAACUUCCCAUCUGAGAAAAAACUAUUUAAAAACAGUUUCUUGAAAAAUUGUGAUCUUUUUUCUGGUGAGCAGAGCUCUGAACAAACUCAGAGAACAUUUAUGGGUUCUCUUGCCAAACAUGGAACAUACAAGACAGUUAGCAAUAAAAAGAAAAAAACAUUGACUUUGCCAUUCUCUUGGCAAAAGAAAUCCCAGAGCCAACAUGGGGGGAAAACUUUGAAAGGUGUCCGUACAUCAGAAAGCAUGUUAAGUAUGGAUAGUUCUGUAAAUAAUAAAGAUGUGUCUGUCUAUAGUUCAUCAGGUAAGGAAUUCUUUAAUAAUUAUGAAAUACUUCAAGGUGGUUUUUCAGUUCCAAGUGAAAGUAUACAUACUGGACAUAAAAUGUGUCCUUGUGACAAGUGUGAGAAAGUAUUUCCUUCUAUAUCUAAACUACAACGACACUAUUUAAUCCACACUGGACAGAGGCCUUUUGGCUGUAAUGUCUGUGGGAAAUCUUUUAGACAGUCAGCUCAUUUAAAAAGACAUAAAUUAACUCAUACUGAAAAGAUUCCUUAUAGACGAUCUUUUUGCCAAGUGGAAUUUGAAAAUUUGAACAAACUUUUCAAUCAUCCGGGUGAUAAUGUUAACUGUAAUGCUUCCCCGCUGGAUCAGGCUCCAUUUGGCUUUCAAAAACAUGAGGUCUCUGAGUCAGAUCAAAUAUCAGAAAUAGACAUUAAGGCAGAAUCAGAGGAUUUCAUGUUUGGUCCUCACUGUAGCAGCAGACAGCCCUACCUCUCCACUGCAUGUCUGGAGUCAGAGCAGAGCCAUCGGGGGCACUGUUGCAGCUGCUUGGAGCACGCUGAGAGGAAUGAUGGUCUCCUUUACCAAUGCAGUGUAUGUUCUAAAAGUUUCAGAUCGCCAUCAAAACUGGAAAGACACUAUCUAAUUCAUGCCGGGCAGAAGCCAUUUGAAUGCUCAGUUUGUGGCAAAACAUUCAGACAGGCUCCUCACUGGAAGAGACAUCAACUUACUCACUUUAAAGAACGACCCUAAGAGGAAAUGAUUGUCUUAAAUUCAGUUAUAUAA